CAAAAAUAAAUCCUUUUAUUACUACCGUACUGGGCAUUUUAACUACCAUUACUAUUUUACUUUUCCGCCUUAAUUAACGCCCCGAAAAUACAAAAUCUUUACAUUAUGUAGAGGCAAAGCCGAAACUACGCAAACUACGCCCACAUAGCACUAGCACGAGGGUAUCAUUAUAAAUGAACAAACCUUCGUUUCGGAAAUAUAGGCCUUGCAUUUUCGCUAUCUGUAGUGUAGCCUGCUGGCCCCUGUCUGCCCGUCCGAACCACAAUGACUCAACCCACUUCGUAAGUUCUCGUCUCGUCAUCGUCUUCACCAAUUCCUCCCUAGACGACCAAGAAAAAAUUUGCUUAUGGCGGAAUGUCAAUCUGCCGCCCUUCGUUCGCGUUUAGGGGGAGAGUAAAUCAAACAAAAAAGGAAGUCCCGUAAUAAAUCAAUCCUGCCUCUGAUAGUAGUGUACAGCGUAAACCAGAGAAGAGAAUUAGAUAAAAAAAACCAUUGUCCUUUCGCCUAGAACUUUUCGGGAUUUGUUGCUUUUCUGUCUAGUCUUGUGUUGAUGCCAAGGUGAAUGUCCCUUUCCUUGAUAAUGCAUUAUGCCUCUUGUAGAGGUCAAGUAAAAACGGGAAGUUAGAAAAAGAGGUAAACGAGAACUCCUAAAUGCGGAUGUGAAGAAUACGCAUGACGCCAGAUGUAUAGUAUGCAAGACAGAACUAAUCGUUCUUGGGGGAGGUAGGAGAACUAGAGUACUCGGUUAGUUUUCCUUCAUUAAUUCAUAUACUGAAUGUUAAUACGUACAACUUCGGGCUAGUACUACUGCCAGCGCCAGGAUCCUUCGGAGAAUACGUGGGAGACGUAGGCGAGUACAAAGGACUCG